GUGUGCAUCUUGAGACACAACUCUCACAGUGAUAUAUUUUAAGAUAUGUCAGAGCAAGUUGUUUUUGAUCAAGACAACAAUAACGUUUAAAUUAGUCUGGGACUAGGCUUAAGCCCUGUCUGGAAAACUGCCCCACAGUGAACUAGGUUUGGAAUGACAGGGUCCAUGACUAUAUAAUAUAAAUAUAUUACCAGGUAAAUGCAGAUUCCAGUUUCAAAGCAUCAGUGUUCCAAUCCAUAGGUGCAUCCUUUAACAUGAAUGGACAGACUUUAUUUGAUCCCAUUGGGGAAAUUUAGGGAGUGAGUCAUGUCACCCCGCGUCACCUUGUCGCCUGUCCUUCCUGGCCCUUUAGACCUUUUGUCAAAUGUGGGGUGUGGAUGGAUUAUCUCAACAGCACCCCUGUGCGUGUUUAAACACAGCUUGACAGGAACUCAAUCGGAACUUGGUGAGUCAGUCAUAUGACGUCCUUCAUUUUCUCUGCUCCAGUCGCCCCAUGGGGAAACUUUUCCAAAUUAAGACAGAUGGCAGGGUAAAGUGUUUGCACACUUUCUUGCUACUAGUGGGUCUCUCAAAGGUUAAGAAGGAUGGACGUGAGGUCAUGAGGAUCAUUUUUAACAACUUGUAGGAAAUGAGCUAGACAUUGGUUUGUUGAAUAAAACAUGCGUAUCUACAAUGAUAUUGGGGUCACUAUUGAGUUGCCAUGUCUGAAGAUUUGUUUGCAGAAUAAUGUUGUCUGCAUUCACCUUCAGUUUGAUUUACAGUAAAUAUCUAUAAUGAUUUACAGUUUUAUGUUAAAACCAAAUUUUCUCCUUUUUUUUUCAUUAAUUGACACAUAAAAAAUGGGCAUCUUGAAGUACAAAUUUGCACAUGUGACGUAGUUGCCGACAGUUGUGUCAUUCUGGGAAUCCCUAAUGAUGUGUGUAAUCGUAAGAGUGUUUGUUUAGAAAAAAGGUCAAGACUCUGUCUCACGAGGGUCAAUAGUGUUUGGAGAUGUUAAUUGGAAUUGGGCUGAUCUUACACCAUGCUCUCCUCCCAAUUGAACUACACUGAUCAGGCAUGAUGUUUGUGGACCUGAGGGUCAGGGUGUGUGUGCUUUGGCCAGGGGAGGAGAUCUGGUGUGGGACAUAAAUUGUGAGGAAGAGGAGGAAGAAUCCAGAGAAUAAGUAGAAGAUAUGUCAGAAGCUAAGAGCUGAAUCUUCCAAUUGAACCGUGCACCAGUAUCAGGAUUACUAAGACCGGGACUUCACAUUAGAGGAACUGCUAUAGAAAAUACUUAAGGGGAAGACGUGCCAAAAGUAAAAAGUUAUGUUGAACAUCUACAGGCUGCUUGUGGUGAUGGGGAUGCUGCUGUGUCUAAGUGCUCAGUUUGCCUGCUCCCAGCACUGGUCUCACGGCUGGUACCCUGGAGGAAAGAGAGAGAUAGAUACCUAUGACAGCUCAGAGGUUUCAGCCGAAAUUAAACUCUGCGAAGCAGGAAAAUGCAACUUCGUGAGACCUAACGGAAGAAACAUUUGGAAGACAAUAUUGCUGGAUGCCCUCCUAAGGGAUUUCCAGAAGAGAAAGUGACACCAACAUGUCCAUAAACGUGUUUUCCAGCAAAUCACAUUAGGUUUCCGUCAAACUGCUUUUUUUGUUGUAAUUUUCUUCAUCUUGUUAUAUGCACAUCUGUGUAAAGCUACUGUCGGCACUGUGUAACCAUUU